AUGUCCAAAGAAGCUUUCCUGGCAUAUGCACAGGCUAUGAUGGAGGUGUUGUUUAAGGUGCUUGAAUUAAUAUCAUGGAGCCUUUCUUUACCUGACAAGCGCCUCAAUGAGUUUUUCAAAGAUGAUAUGAGCAUUGCACGGCUAAAUAGUUACCUGGAAUGCCCUAAGCUAGAGCUAGCACUGGGUAUAGGAAGACACAAGGAUGUUGGAGCACUCACUCUUCUUUACCAAGAUGAGGUCAGCGGAUUGGAGGUCAAGUGCAAGGAAAACAGGCAGUGGGUUCCAGCUCCACCCAUGUCCAACUCUUUCAUCCUCAAUGUUGUUGACUGCGUGCAGGCACGCAGAGUCUACAACAGUGGUGUGGAUAUUAAAGACAAAGGAAGCAUCAUCAAAAUGAGCAUAAACUUGGUUGAACAUGGCCUUGGCGAGUGUGGUCUUGCCAAUACCACCAAUACUGAGUAUCUCAGAUUUAACCAAACCUCCCUCUGA